AUGGUGGAGUUGUGCCACGGUCUUCUGCAACGGUUCCAGCGUCUUUCGCCCUUCGUCGUCGGCACCUUCUCUCAUCGAAACAAUUUGCCAACAGGCAAAUAUGACAUCCAUGGUGUCCAAAAUGGUGAUACGUUUGGUAACGUCAACUCAACUCGAGCAGUUCGAGAGUCUUUGGAGAUGUACACCUUGGAUAGGCCAUCUGAAAGGCGUGAUGAAGAGGAGAUGCGACGACUUGAAUGA